CUUAACCAUGGAAUUUAACAUCUCAAUUAACUGAUGAGCACAAUAAUGUAAUAUUUAUUUACAAGAUGUCUGCCGGUGCGCAAAUUGAUGUUUGCGAGGAGUGAGAAUCUGUGGUUAUUUCUGUGGAAAUGAUUUCGUACCAAACUCUUGGUAAUGGUAUCUGAGCCCCUACGCUUUCUGCGCUGUUGCGCAGUGACCAGCUGCUGCGCUACAUUGAGCCUCGUGAACGUCCCAUUACCUGGUGUUUUGAGUGCCUCUGUAAGGCUUUAGCCGAAGUUACCUUCAAAUGAAAAUAGCAUCGUGAAUUAAUGCAAGGUGACGGGGAACGCUGGACUUAUCGUAUCACCGAGCGAAAACGAAGCGAUCACACGGGCAGCAUGGAAGAUGUUCUGGACUCAAAUUCAGAAGACAGUGCGAGAAAACAACCAGUUGCGGCCUAGCUGCUAGCCAAAUCCCCGGCCUCAAUUUGAAGCCAGGCCUGAAUCGCGCAUUCUGCCGACUUCGAGUGUACUCUCAACUGGAAACACUAAACCGAUAACGCUCUCCAUAGCAAGGCAUUUAAUAUUGGUGCGUUACGCUACUAUCUGACACUGGCAAAGUUAGGUACCUGAAGUUUACUGUGUUUAGUAAUGUAAUUGCGAUGAGACCAAUGGUAUUUCUUGCACGCAAGCUAAUAACUUAGCAGUACUAGAACGGGGAUUGGUACUGGGACAAUGAAAAAAACAGUCUACAGCAAACAAGCAUGCAAUGUUACUGCUACAAGUCUGGCAAUUUUAAAGUUUGAGUUGAAUGUAGUGGAGAAUAAACAUUUAGGUUUUAAUUUUUAUAUAGAAUUGUAGCCCGUUUUAUACUCCAAGUAGUUUCCUAGCUGGACAGCCAUCUAACAGUUAGCUAACGACUCUACCUACAGCUCAAAAGGAAAGUACCACAGCAAGCAAACGUUAGCACGUAGCUCCGCGUGAGGAGUGGUUUUUUUGUAAGAUAAGUUAAUUCCAUAUGUAAAUGCCCGAUUGUUAGCUCGCUAACUUUCACAAAAUUCCACCAUGUCUCUGGUAGCAUACGGUAGCAGCGAUGAGAGCGAAUCCGAAGACACGCCGAAGUUUUGCGAAACAGGAGGGAAAAGUUUGGGACUUUUUGUAAGCCUCCCUUCUCCGAAGAAGCCUGCUUCUGAACCAGAGGGUCUGAAAAACAGUGGACCAAGCAUGGGGUUAAACCUGCCACCUCCAAAACGGGACACUUCUCAAAGGUCCGGUAGCCCUCAGAUACCCGCGUCUUUCAUGUCAGAUAUGGACCCCGGGCAGAAUUUGGACCCAAAGGGCGGCCACCCUCCGAUUUCGAGUGGGUUGCAUUUGAAUUUACCGAAACCGAAGAAGCGCACUGAGCCGGUGAAAAUUACCAUUCCAGAACUGCAGAGAAGAGACUCAGAUUCUGAGGAAGAAGAACCAGUGAGUAAAAAGGCCCUUUCUCAGUCUUCGGGCGGCCUCUCCUCCCUCCUCCCCCAGCCACGAAACCUGGUCGUCAAGGAGACGCAGCGAGUGCUGGUGCCGCACACCCUGACCAAGCGGCCCCAGGAGCCGCGGGCCCCCGCCCGUCCCGCCAGCGUUGCCGCCCAGCCCCUGGGCGCCAGCGCCUCGCCGUCCGCCAUCAAGGCGGCCGCCAAGUCCGCCGCCCUGCAGCUGGCCCGGCAGAUCGCCCAGGAGGACGAGGGCAGUGACGAGGAGCUGGCCCCCGAGAACUACUUCUCCCUCUCCGAGAGCUCCCAGGCCCCCCCGGUGCUCCCCGCCCCGGACCCCGACCCCCCCGCCGCCGCCACGCUGCCCCUCCCGCCGGGCACCGAGCCCCCCUUCCAGUCUGACGCCCCCCUGGAGUUCUCCUCUGCACCACAGAUCCCAGGAUCCAGUGGGGCCUGGGAGGAGCACCAGCAGGAGGCGUUCUACCCCCGUUACCCAGAAUCCUCCAGUCAGGGCACGGAACAGCAGCCGCUCUCUCAGGAUUACUACAGCGGGGGGUACUACCAGGACCCUGAGCCUGCAGCGACGGAGGUGGAAGGGCCUGGGUCCUCGUCCCUUUUUGAUGACGAAGCGUUUCGGAGGCUCCAGGGAAAGCGGAACAGGGGGAAGGAGGAGGUGAAGUUCCUGGAGAUCAAAGGCGAUGACCAGCUGAGCGGCAGCCAGCAGUGGAUGACCAAGAGCAUGACCGAGGAGAAGGAGCAGCGCAAGUCCUUCAGCAAGAAAAAGGGAGAGCAGCCCACCGGCCAGCAAAGGCGCAAGCACCAGAUCACAUAUCUCAUUCACCAGGCGAAGGAGCGGGAGCUGGAGCUGAAGAACAGCUGGGCGGAGAACAAGCUGACCCGGCGACAGACGCAGGCCAAAUACGGCUUCUAGGGGCCGCGCCCUCCAAGGGGGCGGGGCUGGGGGUGGGGUGGAGGAGGGCAUGGCUGGGGUGCACAACCUUUUUCCUUCCUAUUGUUUUUAGUCUUCACGAUGGCCAGUUGAGAAACUAGGGGCAGCACAUUACCUGUUACCCCCCCCCCCCCCCCUCACAAACUGUGUGAUGUUUUACUGAAGUAUAUUUCUAUUCUGUUUGUAUGAGGUUUCUUUUAGAUCUGACACUUGGUGAGAAAUUAGGAAAAGGGAAAUGAAAGUUUGCAGAAAAUGAACAAAAAAUUUCACGGUUAAGUUGUGUUCCCACCUUUGUUGUGAUGUAAGCUGAGCGGAGGCUGUCAGGGCUUGGGGGCAGGCAGCAGAGGAGGGGCUGGGUGUUUAAUUUUGGGGAAAGUAUCAGUGAAGUGGUUUUGGGCCUCAUGGAGGGUUGGUACAAUCCAAAAAAAGAGGCUCCGGUACUCUGAGCUGGGUUAGUUGAUGACUUCAGUGUUGCUCACUGCUUCCAAAAUGGAGGAAGCCGGACCAUAUCCAGGUUCUCCGAGCAUAUCAAUGGACAUUCUGUUCCUCCCUCUGAAAAAAUAGAACACGCUGUCCAGAUUUUCUGUUCACAAAUUGAAUUUGAAUUGAUUUCCCGAGUUUACAGAACUGAAAUGGAAUUGAACCCCCAAACCAUGGAGAAGUGCUUCUGAACUUCCGCAGUAAGACCCAGACUCUGCUUCAGAACCCAUCUCCAUCUGAGUUCUGCCGAUGGCCUUCGGUCCGAUUAACCCACCUGCAGUUUGGUGCGAGUCCUCCCUUUUUGCUUUUCGCCAUCAAACGAAGGAACCGACAUUCGAGGACGUUUGCGGUCGCGUGCGAACGAAGACGGGGGAACGCAAGGGAAACGCAGGCCGGCUGCGAGGUUCGUGUUUUUUAGGCCGUGAAAUUCGAAGCGGCAGGCUUUUUACUGAUCAUUUCUCAGGAAUAUAAUCAUGUCUGUGGCUCAUCGCUUCGUCGCCUCGUGAAGGGCAGCGUUGUCUCUCGGAACCACCCCAUUGGCUGGUCUAGCCGUGAUGUCACAGAAGGCCACGUUCUCCCCAUUGUGUUUGAUCUUCAGGUGCAGAGCACGUCUCGCCACGGCGACCGCCUCGCCAUGGCGAUGUAUGUGCUCCCUGUUCCCAUGGCAGGUGCCGCCGAAGAGGCGCUUCCAGGUGCCACGAGGCGAAGAUUUCCUCAAAAAACUGCGUAGCUGUCCGUCUGAACUGUCGUUGUCAUUGCGUUUAUUUUUCUUAAUGAUUGGAGGACGAGCCCCACGGUCCCCCUCCCCAUAAGCAGAUAUCGGAUAGCGGCCCGUGUGAUUAAGUGACACACGGUGUAGACGGUGGCGUUUUAAUCCCAGUGGCUUCGUGUCGUCCUGUUACAUGCAUACUCUUACGUGCAAAACAUCACAGCAGUAGGAGGAAACGUGCAGUUGUCUGGAUAUGAAUGACUGUAAAUAAGUUGGACGUAGCCACCGAGUCGUUCCUUGGGCAGUAUUUUUAUGAAGAAGACUUGAGUCCUGAAUGUGUGUACCUUCCCUGAAGAUUGGGGAACGCCCUGCUUUUGGGUGAUAAUCGGGUAAUGGUAUUGAUAGGAAGGGUCACCUGACCCACCCCUCAAUAUGUUGUGCAUCCCCUGUGCACCCCUGUGUCGAGCAGCCAGUAUUUCACGUGAACCCUACCCACCCCUCCCCUCCCUGGAACUGAAAUGGUACAUCCCACAGAGUUACCCUAGUGCACCCAGUAUACGUGCCGUUGGAGAUGUAGAUGCCAGAACUCUCUUUCCUCUUUGUUUUUUGUCUCAAUCCUUGUUUUCUCUUUGAUACGUGCACAUUUACUGCACUGUUUGUUUAUAAUGUCUCUUCCAUUACUAUUGUAUAAAUAUAUAAGGGCUGUUUCCCUGCUUAGGGGUCAUAAGGAAGAUUCUGGGCUUCUGGUUUAAACCGUAUGGGGUUACAGAUGACAUGGAAUUGAUCCCAACCCUACUGGA